AUGGAACGAGUGACCGUUCGAAUGGCGCGGUCUGACCGCCGAACCCCGUGGGGGUUCGGGGUGACAGAGGCUCCCGAUGGAGCUGUGCUGAUUGUGAAUAUAAUCGGUGGCUCCCUAGCUGAUCGUGCUGGUCUCCGAAACGGUGAUGUCGUUGACAAAUUGGAGGAUUUGGACAAUUUGGACAUCAACGCUGUGGACAGACUUCUAGUUACAGCUCAUGACAAGAUUGAGCUGAUUGUGACAAGGCAAUCCUCGGGAGCGGCCACUCGUAUCUGGCGUCCAGAAGUCACUGAGAACACUGGUCCAGGUCACGAACACACACCAUACCGUGUCAAUUUGCAGCAUUCUAGUGAUUCCCGCCCCCCACAAGGCUUCAACAGCACCGCCCUACCAUUCGAGACGGAUCAACGUGUCAAGCACAUGCAAUACAACUCUCCUUUGGGAAUCUACUCUGACAAGUCGGCCGCCGAGCAAUACGUUCAACAGACUCAAGGACUUGCUGAUAAUCAAGGGUGA